ACGUUAAUAAGUGAUCAAUGUGUGACAUAUCUUUCCGGGUAUGACGUCACCGUGAAUCGACUCAUUCUCUCCAAACAUGAGCAAAGAACGUUGGUCUUCAACUUAAAAGAAAUGGAGUAUUUUGCUCUAAAUUAAGUCAGUCAAUAAAAACUGGGUCGGAGAUAUCAACCGGUUGUCAUUCAAAAUGCAUUUAUCAAUAAAUGCGAGAAUCUGCAAAAUAAUCUUUUUAUUUUUAUUGGUUGUUCAUACUCUGCCAGUAUAUACAAGAGCGGAAAGCGUACAUUUAAUCACUGUGCCAAAAAAGGUAUCAUCUUCUCAGUGGACAUGGUCUUGGACAGCAACUGGGCCAACUGGAGGUGGUGUAGAACAGUGGAAGAAUGCUUGGCCCAAUGAUGAUAGAACUAAACCUGUGAGAUAUUCUGUUUGUGAUGCAUUGUCUCAUACUCCGAAAGCAAACCAAUGGUUAACAAGUACUCACAUCUUUAUUAGUCCUGCUAAUAGGAUUGAUAUAACCAUCGAGUAUGCUAUGAGUGACUGCUCUGUCAUAAACAAUCAAUACUGUCGUCAAAACUUUAGCUUAUAUCUGCACAAGUCCCGUACGCAACUUAGCAUAGGAAGUCUGCCUGACCCCUACAAGAACCUUGAUAUCUUUGAGAAAAUAGGAACGUCAAGCCCUAAAGUACUGUCCACUGCUGGAAACCUCGACCAAGCACAACGGAAUAAAGAAACAUUCUCAGUGAUGGUAGAUGCUGCCAAACCUUAUGUAUAUCUUGCUUUUCACUACCAAGGAGGUUGUGUGAAAUUAUUUUCUGUCACCGUGCAAUAUUAUAAAUGUCCUUCCAUCAAACUUUCGUCGAAUCUCGUAAAAUUACCGCAGACCAUAGCCCCUGCAGAUAACUCAACAAAAGUAAAAGGGUCUUGCAGCAGUGCACAACACCUCAAACCGCUGACCAACGAGAGUGACUUGUAUGGAUAUUGUCAAGAGGAUGGAGAAUGGAGCACUGAUAGGUACCGCGGGGAGUGUGGAUGUGAUUAUGGAUAUGGAAAGGUUGCUACAGUCAGUGCUGGAUCAGAAUGUAGAGAAUGUCCUCUUGGUACAUAUAGCGACAAAGUCAGUAACAGCAAGUGUACCACGUGUCCACUCAACAGUGAACAGGACAGUAGCAGAACCAGUUGUGAUUGUAAGCCAAACUUCUACAGGACAGACGAACAAACAGAAUUUGACAGUUGUGCAGGACAACCUUCAGCACCGCAAAACUUAAGCAUCACAUUUCUUAAUGCAUCGUUUGUUACUGUGACAUGGUUUCCACCUACUGACAAUGGAGGAAGAUCAGAUUUGUAUUACACAGCAGAAUGCAAGCAAUGUAACGACCAAGGAACAGAAUGCACACAAGAGUGUACUGGUUCUAAUAUUACUGUCAAUCAAAACUCUAGACUAGCUAGCAUCAACAGUCUGUCUGCCUACACAUAUUACCAGUUGAAAGUCUAUGCCAAGAAUGAAGUGAGCAAGUUAGCUGAAGAGAAAAAUGAUUUGGCAAAGUUUGCUGAAGACUUAAUAAGAACGAAAGAAUCAGUUCCAGGAAUCCCAGUAGUCACUUUAAAACAACUGAGUUCCACAUCAGUGUUUUUGAGUUGGGAGGUCGAAGAAAAGAACGGUGUUAUCACGUACUAUCAGGUGUCGUACUAUCCUGUGGAUCAGCCUUCAAACGUCAAGAAAUUCAACACAACAUCAACUAAUACGACUAUUACUGGCUUGGAGACAGGAAAGGAAUAUCAAUUCCAGGUACAGGCAAGUUCAAGACUUGGUCUUGGAAAAGCAGCAGCACAAACCAAGAAAGUUGCCAAACUUACUGAAGGCAAACCUUUCUUUUCAAGGUCUAUUGUUCAAGGCGUCAUUGCUGGAGUUGUGGGAGCUCUAAUCCUAAUUCUGAUUUUUGCAAUUAUUUGUGUAUGCAGAAAAAGAAGGAGACGUCGAUCAAUCAGUAGGGAACUUCUCGCAAUGAAUCCGAAUUUCAUUCUAGUUGAUGGUCAUAAAAUGUACGUCGACCCCAGUAAUUAUGGGAGCCCAAUGGAGGCGUUGAUGUGUACUGCCGAAGAAAUAGAAAGAGAAAAGAUUGAGCUUGAAAAAAGUAUUGGUGGAGGUGAAUUUGCCGAUGUUUACAAAGGGACAUUGAAAAACGAUUCUGGUAGAGAAAUUGUUGCUGUGAAAAUAUUAAAGCCAAAACCAUCAGUCAAGAAUCGUGAGGAUUUCAUACGAGAGGCUUCGAUCAUGGGGCAGUUUAAACACCCUAACGUGAUUGCUCUAAAGGGCGUGGUUACACGCAGUUCUGACACACCCAUGAUGAUAGUAACGGAAUACAUGGCUAACGGUUCUCUGGAUCAUUUCUUGAUGGGUCAUGAAGGUCAAUUGACAGUGCUGCAGCUGCUAGGCAUGAUCAGAGGUGUUGCCGACGGGAUGGCAUAUUUGUCGGGGAUGAAUUUCAUUCAUAGGGACUUGGCGGCCCGCAACAUCUUGGUUGCAGACAACAUGGCGAGCAAAGUGGCUGACUUUGGCUUGUCACGUGAACUGGACGAUGCUGAGGAUAAUCCUAAUUCCGUUUAUCAGACUCAGGGUGGAAAGAUUCCUGUUCGUUGGACGGCACCCGAAGCUAUUCGUUACCGAAAGUUUUCUUGGGCGAGUGAUGUUUGGAGCUUUGGAAUUCUCAUGUGGGAGAUAAUGUCAUUUAGUGAACGACCCUACUGGGAAUGGGACAACUUCCAGGUUAUGGAUCGAGUCGAUUCUGGUUAUCGUCUUCCUGCUCCAAUGAAUUGCCCUAAAGCGAUCCACAAUCUUAUGUUGGAUUGCUGGGAAGGUGACAAAGACAAGAGGCCAAAAUUUGCAGACAUUCUUAAGCGAACUGAAGAGAUGAUACGCUCCCCGGAUAAACUGAAGGAUGAUCUUUGCACUUCACGCUUCUCCGCAGAUAGUCCAUCAGCAAAGACAAACUUCGGUGAAGUGACAUCAGUUGAGGAAUGGCUAGACACUCUCAAUAUGCAACAAUAUGUUAAUAAUUUUAAAGAAGCUGGAUUAUCCCAAUUGGACCAAGUGAAGACAAUGAGUGAAGAGGAUUUGGCAAAGAUAGGGGUGAAAUUGAUUGGACAUCGGAACAAGAUGAAAAAGAGCAUCAAAGCAAUGAAAAAACACUUUGAUGAACAAAACGACGCCGAGUGCUAAUGCGUUUGAUCGACAGUGACAUAAGGAAGGGGGCAUGUUUUCAUGAAGAUGAGCUCGCCAUUUGUGAUGAGGACUUCUUUCAAAGGCAUGGGAACUUAAACAUAAGGUGUGACUUUAAAAAUUAUUCCCAAAAGUCAACUUGACUACUAACAGAAGACAUGAAUUCUACCCAACCUGGGAUUAACAAACCUUUUGACAAGCAGAAGGAAAGUGCUUCAGAGGAUCUGGAGAUGGAUGUAUCCAGUAAACAUGUGCAGAAGAAGUGUCCUGUUAAGGGGUCUUGAUUCCACCCUUGAGGAGCAUAAGUUAUCAAAUUAAUGAUUGUAUAAAAUUAAUUUAGCUGAAUAUCUUUUGAAAGGGGGCACUUGUUUGGCUACAUCAAGAUCUUACAGUUAACUAAGAAAAUUGUGAACACCUAAAAUAUGUCUGGAAUGUUAAACAUAUUCUGACCAAUCACAUGCGACAGUUGAUUAAAAAUGAAUAUAUUCUAUACUUACCAUUCCAGACAUAUUUUAGGUGUUCGCAGUUUUCUUAGUUUGACUGUAAAAGUGCCAGAUUUGACGUGGUUGAAGAUUUUUAUAUCUCAACUGAAGCAAAUUCAAAUUCCAAAUAAAUAAUGAACAAUUUAAUGACAUAUGAAUGUCAAUUGUAACGAAAAUUUUACCUUGCUUUGAACUCACUACUAGUUACUGAAAUGUCCUAACAGUGAGUAGAAUCUCAAGUGUUAAACAUCAGCAUGAAAAAGAUGUUUUUUUAAAAAAAAUUCUUUUCAAUAUAGACAUUUUUGUGCAUUUAACCUUUGAAACUUGCAGGUACAACUGGGUUUUGGCCGGCCUCCCUCAAUCACAAAAUUCUUAUAGACUUUUCAAAAUACAGUGAUGGAUGACCACAUAACAUAAGGACAUGAUGCAUCUUUAUUGACUGUGAUGCAGAAACUUGAAAACUGUCUAAAGAAAACACGUUUUUCACUGCAAUGUUCAAAAAUAUGAAAGGUACCGACUGAUUUUUUGAUUGACAGCAGCAAAAAAUCAAAUUUUAGUAUGCAACUCGUAGACACAGAGUUUACAUGUUUAUGGAAAUUGCAGUAAUGUUAAAAAACUAGUCAUAUUUUGAGUUCAGCAAAAAAUGUUAAUCACUUGGCAUAGCACACAAAGGUUAGAUAAAGAAAUGAGAGUAUUUUGUUGAUUAGCCCCUAGAUGGGUGUGAUUAGAUUUUUUUAGGUAUUAGAUACACCAGCAAGAAGUAGUGUUUUUUUGGUUUUUUUUUGUAGUCUGACUGUUUAUAACCUGAGAUAAAAGACUCGUAGCAGUUAACAAUCAGGCUUACUACCAUUAUUAUAGUGCGACCCUCAAAGUUUUUCCAACAACUGUCAAUCAACAAAGAACCGCAGCGAAGAGCAAGAUAUCAAUUGAGAUUUUGGACUGAAUUUUAGAGGAUUAGAGUAUUAAAACCUUUGAUUUAGUGUAAAAUCUCCAUCAAGAUGGUUUUUUUUUAAAUUGCGGUCCUUUGAUUGAUGGUUGUUAAGUAGUCAGCGAAUAAGAUAUAAAACUUUGGCGGUUCUUGUUUUCUUUUCGUUUACUUUACUGUUAGUAACUAACUUUACACCUUUUUUUCAUGGGCUGACUACACUUGUUAUAGAGAAAGUUAUUGACAAAAUGAUUUGAAUUUUUAAAACAAUUUUGAUUAGGCAUAAAUGUACUAAGUAUUGUAAAUGAGACUGUUUACAAAUUAUUUUUGAAAUAAAUAGGAAUUUGCACAAUGGCGUCAUUGAGCUCUGCUACCAGACUCUCUUGCACACUUUCUUUCGUUCACUUAAUUAGCACCAAUUGUCUUACUAUAGAGAUAAUAAGUGUACAUAAUUCAAACAAAAAACGACUUCCAGGUCCAAAUUAAUGAUUACUUCCACUGAGAUUUUUCUGUGCUUUUACUUCGUAGCAGGAUUGUCUGUUCAUAUAUCUAAUUGCUGAAGGCAGAGAAUAAAUCCUGGGAAUAAGAUGUGGCCAGAUUUUUGGGAUUUUUCAGUGUAAUUGGACCCAGAAACACAUAAAAGCCUGAUUCUCAAGGUAAUACAAAUUUUAAUAACAUUAAAUUUUAAAGAAAGAAAAUUCGUGAAGCAUCUUGGUAGUGGGAGUCAAAUGACGCCAGCAUGCAAAUGCCCUAUACUCCUUUUUAAAGUUCUGUUCAGUGACCAUGAAUAUAAGUCGAAGUUUGGGUUGCUCUCUUUUUUUGGAUAGCAAAACUUUAAUAGGUUAUCAUGAGUAGCAACUGCAACCUCAACUUUAAACUAUUAUUCUUGUUCACUGAAUGGAACUGUAAAAAAGAAGUAUUUUUUCCCCCUUCAAAUAGAUGGUUUAAAUGCUUGAUAUAAUGCAAUGCAAAUG